AAAACAAUUUUCCGCAGCACGAGCGAUCGACGGAAGCUGCUUGCGUCCCCGCCUCCCAGAAAAAAAAAAAUGCAAAACCAAACCGAACCACCGUCAGAAGCCAACGCUGAACGAGAUGAUCAAAAGGAGAUGGAUUUAUCCUCCAUCACCUCCCUCGAUUUCACCUGCUACCAGCUCCGCGAUCUCGACUCGGUGGAAUUGCCGCCAAAUCUCACCGAGUUAGACCUGACUACGAACCGCUUAACGAGUUUGGACCAUCGUAUUGCGAAUCUCGUUCAUCUCAAAAAGCUCUCUUUUCGACAGAAUCUCUUCAACGAUGCUGCUAUCGAGCCGAUCUCCCACUGGGACUCGUUAUCCGGUCUUGAGGAGUUAAUACUAAGGGAUAAUAAACUGACGAAAAUACCAGAUGUUGGUAUAUUCAAAAAGCUCUUGGUUUUUGAUGUUUCUUUCAAUGAAAUCACCUCGCUUCAAGGAAUGUCGGAGGCCUCCAGCACAAUCAAGGAACUCUAUGUCUCCAAAAAUGAAGUUUCUAAGAUGGAGGAGAUUGGCCACUUGCAUGACUUGCAAAUUCUUGAACUUGGUUCGAACAGGCUACGGGUAAUGGAAAAUUUGCAAAAUUUCUCGAAGUUACAAGAACUUUGGCUAGGAAGGAAUCGAAUCAAAGUGAUAAAUCUUUGUGGGCUUAGUUGCAUCAAGAAGAUUAGCUUUCAAAGUAACCGGUUAACUUCUAUGAGAGGGUUGGAGGAAUGCAUUGCCCUAGAAGAAAUAUACCUGAGCCACAAUGGUAUUUCAAAAAUGGAAGGCCUAUCAAAAUUGGUCAACCUCCGAGUAUUAGAUGUUUCAACAAAUAAGCUAACAUCAGUUGAUGACAUUCAAAACUUAACAAGGUUGGAAGACUUAUGGCUCAAUGACAACAAAAUAGAAUCACUUGAUGGCUUAGCUGAGGCGGUUUCUGGUUCAAGAGAAAAGCUCACCACCAUCUACCUUGAAAACAAUCCAUGUGCAAAGUCUCCUAACUACAAUGUUACCUUGAAACAAAUUUUCCCCAAUAUUCAGCAAAUUGAUUCUGAAGUAUUUGCUUAGAUGUUAUGGAGGUUCUGAACUGUUUUAGUUAUAAAUUCGCAGUCAUGCGAGCAGUGUGUUAAUUGUAACAUCUCUUCGGAAUCUCGUCGGGUGGAGUUGCCGAGUUUGCAUAUUUUGCUGGAGGAAAACAGGGUUCUGAAAGUGACCCCCCUAAUCCUUUAAAGGGGAUUAGGGUCAUCAUGAGAUGAUUCGUUAAUCAUUGUUUUGAACAUUCUAAAUUUAUUGAAUUGUAACCUUUUUUUAA